UGGGUUAGACCUUAAAUGACCUUAAGGGAUGCCUUUCCCCAUCGAUAUGGGACACCCACUAUAUUGCAACUAUCUCAACAGAGAUCAUAAACUACAUGAAAUCAACAUCAACACCAGUUGCAACGAUAUCAUUUAAGGGAACAAGAAUUGGAGACAAGCACACGCCAACAGUUGCUUACUUUUCUUCUAGGGGACCAUUUGUGCAGAGUCGGGGCAUACUAAAGCCGGACAUUGUUUUCCCUGGAGUGAAUACCCUUGCAGCGUGGCGAACCCCUAUAGGAGGAGUUGCAGCAUUGUUGAAGAGCGCACAUCCAAAUUGGUCUGCAGCUGCAAUUAAAUCCGCAAUCAUGACAACAGCUGACCUCGUCACUUGA